AUGGUUUUCCAUGAAAAGCUAGUUGUUAGUUCGGGAUAUGUCCUGGAUUAUUUAUCAAUAAUUGUUACUGCAGCAUAUGCUUUACCCAGUUUAAAUUGGGCAGUUAAGGUAUCUCUGUUCCCAAAAUCAAAGGAAGUUACCAAAGUUUAUGCAUCGUAUUCAGUUCCAGAUGCUAAAUCGGAAGUGUCUUCAAAGAAUAAUUCUGGUAUUCCAGAGAUACAUUCUGAUUCAAAUCCGAAAUUUCAACUUUCUUCAAAGGGUUUGAAAUUUGCUGGUAUUGAACUAUUUGGAGGUAAAUCAGGCUCAGUUUCGUUUUAUGGGAUAACUCACCAUGUGGUUGAAGAGAGCAAGGUUGUUUCAUUCCCUUAUAAGGACGAUAGAGGUUCAGUGCUGUGGGUUUUUGCUCCGCUUGUUCUGAUACUAUCUUUGAUCGUCCCUCCAAUUUUCCUUUCUAAUGUAUUUGAUAGUUUUCUCAAGAAUGAGUAUCUUGCAGAGAUUGCUUGUAACCUUUCUUGUGAAGCUGUGCUCUACGCUGGUCUUGCAGCCUUCCUUCUGAUAACUGAUCGCGUUCAAAGGUCAUAUCUUCAUUUUACUGCAAAACGUUGGGGCCUCAUAACGGGUUUGAAGGGACACUUAUCAAGUUCAUUUUUUGCCAUGGGCCUGAAGGUGAUUCCUCCUUUACUGGUAACUUAUGUCACGUGGCCAUUGAUAGGCAUUAAAGCUCUUGUUGCAGUUAGUCCCUUGCUAGUUGGAUACCUGGCUCAGUUUGCUCUUGAGGCUUUCAUUGAUAGACAAGGGUCAUCCUGUUGGCCUCUAGUUCCCAUUAUCUGCGAGGUUUAUAGAUUCUACCAACUGACUAGAGCUGUAAGUUAUUGUGAGGGUCUGAUGUUUGGAAUGAGAGGAGUUCAGGCUACCCCAGAAGUGAUGGAGAUAACUGGGGCUUUAUCAGCAAUUUCUGUGACCUUUUACAUGGUCGCUCUGGUCUGCCUAUGGUCGUUAUUGACAUUUUUUCUGAGACUGUUUUCUUCAAGACCUGUCUCAGAAAAGUACUGAUAUUUAUCUUUCCUAUUUUGUACUAGUUUUUAGUAUAAUAUUAUGGCUAGUUUUUCAGAAUUUCGCAGAAGCAGAUAUGAGAUGUAGGAACUAGGAAACAAAAAGGAGAAAAUAAGUUGAAAAAACAUUAGGCAAACUCAGUGUAAAUGAAUGUGUAUAGUGGUGUUAAU